CGGAGGCGGGGAGGCAGGGGCGCGGGACGGAGGGACGGGCCGAGGCUGGCUGGCUGGCUCGGGGUGGGACGACGGAGUGACAGAGCCGCGGACAGGUGGGAGCAGUUAGACAGCUCGAGUCUGGGAGAGCAGAACGCAGAGGAGAGGCAGGAGGAGAGGGAGAGGGGGAGAGGGAGAGCGAGGGAGACAGCGAGCGAGCGAGCGAGCGCGCAGCGCUCGCGUGCACCCUCCGCUCCAGACGCCCUCCGCUGUCCGAGGGAAACGGCCGGGGCCCCGAGCGGGAGCUGGAGAGCGAGCUGGGCACAGAACCCGGAACAGGGACCCGGCCCUGCUAGAGGGACCGCGACGCGCCGAGGGACGGACAGAGCGGCUCGCGCGCCGACCGCCAGCCGGCCGGAGCGGAGCGCAGGAAAGCCAGAAUCCCGCGCGGGGCCGCGGGGCUGCGCGACAGGCAGGCAGACGGACAGACGCGCGGAGGGACGGACUGCCGGACCGGAGGCGGGGGCAUCGUUCGCUCCGCGGAGCCAGCGGGACAGAGAAGGCGGCGGCGGCGGCGGCGGCGCCCCCUGAGCUCGUCCGGAGCGGCGACCAGCGGCGGGGGCAGCGGGGUCGCCAGCCAAAGCCACCACGGUCGCCGCAGCUGCGCGAGGAUCCCAGCCGCCGACGCUGCAGAGAGGUCGUUUUACUAGCAGUUAAAUAAAUCGACCAAAAAAAAAAAAAAAAAAAAGAAAAAAAAAAAAAGCGCCAAGCCAAACAAAUCCAGCCAGUUCAAUCACUGAGAAACGAUAUUAGUAAAAACCAAAAACUAGAUCAAAUCAAUCGAGGCACCAAGACGCUGGGGGGAUACCCACUGUUAUGUCAAGGUUGACGAUGGGUCACGCCGUGUAAGGGAAUCGCAGGGAGAUGGGCAUUCUGAACUGUUAAUGGGGACAUGGGACUCCAGUUGUCUCUGAUCACUGGUGUGGAUUUUCCCGGGGUAGAGCGACAGAAGCCGCCAGUAAGUCGCCAAGACCUACGUCAGGAGCUCUGCGCGAAAGGGCAUCAAACCUUGUGAUUUUAAUUUGCGUCCGGGAGGAUGUCCGAGCCAGGAGACCUGAAUCCGGCCAUCGUGGAGGAAGGCGGGACUGAGCAGGAGUCGGCCACCCCAGAGAAUGGCAUUGUGAAAUCCGAGAGUCUAGAUGAAGAGGAGAAACUCGAAUUGCAGAGGCGACUGGCAGCUCAGAACCAAGAAAGAAGAAAAUCCAAGUCAGGAGCGGGAAAAGGUAAACUGACUCGCAGCCUUGCUGUCUGUGAAGAAUCCUCGGCCCGACCAGGGGGAGAAAGUCUUCAGGACCAGGAAUCAAUUCAUUUACAGCUUUCCAGUUUUCCCAGCCUGCAAGAGGAUGAUAAAUCUAGGAAAGAUGACUCAGAAAGAGAAAAAGAAAAGGAUAAAAACAAAGAUAAAACCUCUGAAAAGCCCAAGAUCAGAAUGUUAUCAAAAGAUUGCAGCCAAGAAUACACGGAUUCUACUGGCAUAGACUUGCAUGAGUUUCUGAUUAACACAUUAAAGAAUAAUUCCAGGGACAGGAUGAUACUCUUGAAAAUGGAGCAGGAGAUUAUUGAUUUCAUUGGUGACAACAAUAAUCAUUAUAAAAAGUUCCCUCAGAUGUCAUCCUACCAGAGGAUGCUUGUCCAUCGCGUGGCCGCUUACUUUGGGUUGGAUCACAAUGUGGAUCAAACAGGGAAAUCUGUUAUCAUCAACAAGACCAGCAACACAAGAAUACCAGAGCAAAGGUUUUGUGAACAUUUAAAAGAUGAAAAAGGUGAAGAAUCCCAGAAGCGGUUUAUCUUGAAGCGAGAUAACUCUAGUAUUGAUAAAGAAGACAAUCAGCAAAACAGAGUGCAUCCAUUUAGAGAUGACAGACGAAGUAAAUCAAUUGAAGAGAGAGAAGAGGAGUAUCAGAGAGUGAGGGAGAGAAUAUUUGCACACGAUUCAGUUUGCUCCCAGGAAAGCCUUUUUGUGGAAACCAGUAGGCUCUUGGAAGACAGUAACAUAUGCAAUGAGACCUAUAAGAAAAGACAGCUCUUUCGGGGCAACAGAGACGGCUCGGGGAGAGCAGCCGGGAGUCGACAGAGCAGCUCCGAGAAUGAGCUCAAGUGGUCGGACCACCACAGGCCCUGGAGCAGCACGGACUCUGAUGGCUCCAACCGCAAUCUCAAGCCCGCCAUGGCCAAGACGGCAAGUUUUGGGGGCAUCACGGUGCUGACCAGGGGCGACAGCACAUCCAGUACCAGGAGCCCCGGGAAGUUGUCCAAAGCAGGUAGCUCUGAGUCUAACAGCAGCACGGGCUCCUCCGGGUCGCUGCCCCGCACCCACGCACCUCUGCAGAGCGCGCCCCUGGCCCCAAGCGUGUCCACCGGCUCUCCUGGCUGCGUGCCCUAUCCCGAGAACGGAGGAGGGGGCCAGGCCGCCCCUAGCACCAGCUACAUCCUCCUUCCACUCGAGGCUGCGACAGGCAUCCCGCCCGGAAGCAUCCUGCUCAACCCGCAUACAGGCCAGCCCUUUGUGAAUCCCGACGGAACCCCUGCCAUAUACAACCCCCCCAGCAGCCAGCAGCCCCUGCGAGGCACCAUGAUGGGGCAGUCCCAGCAGCCGCCACAGCAGCAGCCCUCUCCUCAGCCACAGCAGCAGGUGCAGCCACCCCAGCCACACUUGGCGGGCCCACUGGUCACUCAGUCGGUGCAGGGGCUACAGGCUUCCUCUCAGUCAGUGCAAUACCCAGCGGUCUCUUUUCCUCCCCAGCAUCUCCUGCCUGUGUCUCCAACGCAGCAGUUCCCCAUGAGAGACGAUGUGGCGACACAGUUCACCCAGAUGAACCUGAGCCGGCAAUCCUCAGGAGAGACUCCUGAGCCCCCAUCUGGUCCUGUCUACCCAGCGUCCCUCAUGCCACAGCCAGCCCAACAGCCAAGCUACGUCAUUGCCUCCACAGGCCAGCAGCUCCCUGCUGGGGGGUUCUCGGGCUCUGGACCUUCCAUGUCCCAGCAGGUCCUCCAGGCCCCUCCCUCGCCACAGGGAUUUGUGCAACAGCCUCCACCUGCACAGAUGCCCGUCUAUUAUUACCCAUCCGGUCAGUACCCUACCUCAGCCACACAGCAGUACCGGCCCCUGGCCUCCGUUCAGUACGGUGCUCAGAGGGGUCAGCAGAUACCGCAGGCCGCACAGCAAGCAGGUUACCAGCCAGUCCUGUCUGGUCAACAGGGGUUCCAAGGCCUCAUAGGAGUGCAGCAGCCUUCCCAGAGUCAGAACGUGAUGAGCAACCAACCGGGGAAUCCGGUGCAAGGCGUGAUGGUCUCCUACCCAACAAUGUCUUCUUAUCAGGUGCCAAUGACCCAGGGCUCUCAAGGACUUCCCCAGCAGUCAUACCAACAGCCACUCUUGCUACCUGACCAGGCAGGUCAAGGGUCGCUCCAGGCCACCGGAAUGCCUGUCUACUGUAACGUCACACCGCCGACCCCUCAGAACAACCUGAGGCUGAUCGGUCCACACUGCCCCUCCAGCACUGUCCCCGUGAUGUCAGCUAGCUGCAGGACAAACUGUGCAAGUGUGAGCCACACCGGGUGGCAGGUCAAAUUCUGAGCACUCUGGCUGCGGUACGUGUCUCCAGAUCGCUCGUGGCCGCUGAGGCAAGAUGAGCAAAGCUGGGACGCUGGCUGAGGACUUAACGUAUUCACUCAACACCCAAACGAUCGCUGCUGGUAUUCUGUAAACACACACACACACACACACACACAAAGACAGAUACACACAUUAGCUGGUCAAUGGUGCAUAUUUCUGUCAUGUCUGCUAGGUACGCCUUUGUAGCUUAGCUAGUGACAUGAUUUCAUCAAGGUAAGAUUUUCUCCUACCACUGAACACCACUGUGUAGAUGAUAAUAUCCCUCAUUUGGAUUAUUAGUUUUGUACUUUGUGUUGAGUUUGUGAUGCUAACAGUAUUGAAAGAUCAUAUACCGAAAUCACAUCGUACCAAAGCUGUAACGGGAAAGAGAAGAAUUGAUGAAUGGAAGGAAUAAUUUAUAUACGCUAUAGAGUUUUCUUUUCUUUUUUUUUUUUUUUAAUGGAUAUAUACUGUAUUGUAGUGUUUAAUCAAAAUAAAACUAUUUGACCUUCUGGAGGAAGGUCAUGUUUUUA